AUGGAUCAAGAACACCUACAGAAUACUAAAAUAUUUGAAUCAAUUGAUCAUACUAUAACUUCCUGUUUAUUAUCAAAAUUAUACUCCAAUAUUGAAUGCUCAAUUUGUUCAGAUAUAAUGAUUAUACCAGUUUCAAUAGAAUGUGGCCACUCAUUUUGUUAUAGUUGUUUAUUAGAAUGGUUUAAAAAUAAAUUAACUUGUCCAACAUGUAGAUUCAAAAUCAAAAAUAAACCAAUUAUUAAUUUAAAAUUGAAAGAUAUUUGUAAAAAUGUAAUUGAAUUUAUGAUUGAACAUAAUCCAAAUGAUUCAAAAUAUUUAAUUGAUUUAAAAAAAGAAAGUGAAGCUAAAUAUAAUUUAGAUGUUAAAUUUAAAAGAUUAUUUGGUAGUGUUUUUCAAAAUAGCACUUUAACAUUGAUUGAUAAUUCUGAUGGUGUUCCAAGAUGUGGAAAUUGUCAUUGGGAAGCGCAUGGUUCAGUUUGCUUACAUUGUGGUACUAGGUUUAGAUUUGCUAUUGAUUCAGAUGACGAUGACGAAGAUGAUGAUGAAGAGUUUGAAGAUGUAAGAAGUGGGUUACAUCAUAUUUUACAUGAUCAAGAUCACGAAGAAGAUAAUAAUAAUUAUGAUACUGAAGAUAGUUUUAUAAAUGAUGGAGAAGAAGAAAUUGAUAAUCAACAUGACGGACUACUGAAUGAUGAAGGAGGAAGUGAAUAUGAAGAUGUACAAAGUCGAUUACAGAGAAGUAAUACUCCUCGAAGGGGUAGACAAAGAUUAUGGAUUGAUUCAGAUGAUGAAGAGAAUGAUAUUGUACUAAGUGGAAGAGAUAAUGAUAAUGAAGACAAUGAAGAAGAGUUUUAUAACUAUGAUUCAGAUGAUGUUAGAGAUGCUUUAGAUGAAUUUCAUGCUUCACAUCUAAAUGAAAUAUCAGAUCAAGAUAGUUUUGCCAAUUUUGAGUCAGAAAAUGGGCAUAGUAAUAAUGAUAAUGAUGAUGAUGAUGACAAUAAUAAUGAUGAUGAUGAUGAUGAUGAUAUACCAGAGGAAUAUUAUGCAGAUCCAGAUGAUUAUUAUGAUUCUGAUGAUUAUUAG